AUGGCGGCGGCGUGCGGCGGGGCCUGCGGGGGCCUGCGGGGCCCGCGAGAGCCGAGCCCCUCCCCGGGCCUCGGCCGCGCCCCGAGCAGGUCUGGUUUCGACGUCCCGAACACGGUGCUUCUGGCCGACGCCCUGGAGCCGCCAGUGCUGGAGACCCCGGUGUCGCGGCACACUUCGGGCAAGAUGGCGCCGAUCAGGCCUCCUCCAGGGCUGUCGCGCACUGGGCCGCCGGUGCCCGUCUCGAUCGCCAGCGAGCUCGCCGAGCGCGCAGCAACCCCCGACAAGGUGUCCCCCCUCACGCCCGAGCUGGAGCACCUGCAGCAGCAGCCGCGGCUACUGCAGCUGCACUUGCACCUCCAGCUGCCAGGGCCGCUGCUGCAGCUGACCGCGCCGUCGCCCGCCGCCUCUCCGGACCGGACGGAGACCUCGGAGGCGCCGGGCCUGGCCGCCGCGGACUCGACGGCGAGCGAGGACAGCUGGCAGCUGCCGCCCGGGGAGCAGCCGGGCCAGCCGCCGUUGCUGGGCGCGCUGAAGCCCUGGGGGGCCUCGCCGGACAAACGCGCGACACUGGUGCUGGUCGCGUUGGCGGACUUCCCGCGCGCUGCCACUGAGAGCGAGAUCUGCCUCGCGCUCGACCAUGCGAUUGCGCAGUAUGGCGGCUUGCACCUAGUCGCGCACGGCGGAAGCGUGCGCGAGUGCCGCAUCGUUCGGGACAAGGGUCUCUACGGGAUAUUCGAGUUCAAGAGCGAGGAACUGGCCAAGAUAAUACUCAGCGCCUGCAGCCGGGGUAACGUUGUGAUGAAGGACGCGAUGCACAAGAGAUGGUACUUGCACGCUAGCCGGUCACGUCGGGUCACGGUCGACGUCCGCGAGGCUGCCGACAGUGGAAGGAGGGAGCAACUGCCCGACCAGCAGGUGGCUCCCUGA